CUAAGCGGAACUCUCGCUCUCUCGCUCCCCCUCUCUCGCUCUGUCAACAAGUGCGCUCAGUCACCACUCAAACUAAACAGUGUCCACGAUGACUCCGUCGGUGUCACUGCUGAACGAGACAAUGUGUCUGGGAUUGGGACAAAUUUGAGAAGAAUGCACUUAUUCCGCCGAGUGCGUGAUCUGCGCUGAAACUGCAGCAUGGAGUUUCUUGAUGAUAAUAAAAACAUUGGGAUAAAUCUUCUACUGAGCCACUUGGACAUGGAGGAGGUUCUUGAGCUGUAUGAGAACCUUUACCCAGUCGAGGACGAAGAGGAGGAAGAGGAGGAAGCACGGUCCAGUGAGGAGGGUGUCUCGCAAGAGGACACGGACCAGGAGUCAGCAGGGACACACACGCCGGACGUGUUUGCCCAGGUGACCUGUCCGCCAGGCCCGGCAGGAGGCGUGCAGUACGGGAACGUGACUGAUUUGUUAGCCUUCAUCAGCCGGAUCUCAGGCACAGCAAACGGGGUGCAGGCGCCCUCUCUCGUACACCUGAACAGUGAGAUUGGAGUGCUUCUCAACAAGAAAGACAUGAUCCUGCAGAAUGGGCACUAUGGCGUGGACUCUGAGGUGUCCCUGUUUCCAUGGAAACGCAUCUACAGGAGUGUUGACUCUGCCCACAUUCCCAAAGGUGCCUUUGGGAGAGUUCACUUGGCUCUGGACUGCGUCACGCGCAAGCGCAUGGCCUGCAAGCUGAUCCCGCUGGAGCAUUUCAGGCGCUCGGACGUGGAGAUCCAGGCCCGCUUCGGCCACGAGAACGUGGCGGAGCUGUUCGGGGCCGUCCUGAGGGAGGGCACGCUGCACGUGUUCAUGGAGGCGGGCGAGGGCGGCUCCGUGCUGGAGAAGCUGGACAGCUGCGGCCCCAUGCGAGAGCCGGAGGUCGUCUGGGUCACCAGGCAGGUGCUCCAGGCCCUCGAGUACCUGCACAGCCACGGCGUCAUCCACCACGACAUCAAACCGAGCAACAUUGUGCUGAUGUCAACUAAAGCCGUGCUGGUUGACUUUGGCCUGAGUGUACAGAUGACUGGAGAUGUGUACAUUCCCAGAGAUUUGCGAGGCACUGAGAUGUACAUGAGUCCGGAGCUGGUUCUGUGUGGAGGCCACGACACGAAGACGGACAUCUACAGUCUGGGCUCCACGGUGAUCCACAUGCUGACGGGCAGCGCUCCUUGGGUCCGCAGGUUCCCCCGCACUGCCUACCCUUCCUACCUGUACAUAAUUCAUAAAUAUGCGCCCCCUCUGGAGGAGGUUCCUGAGUCCUGUAGCAACCCCUUGAGGUCAGUGCUGCACAGCGCGCUGCACAGGAACCCAGGCCUCAGAGGCUCCGCCUCUCAGCUGCUGCAGCACCACGCCCUGCACCCCACAACCAAUCAGACGCGCUACAACAGCCUAGACUCCGCCUUAGGGGAGGUGGCUCGACCAUUUCUAUCGCAAUUCAGCCACACGUCAGACACAACACAAGACUCCUCCGUGAGCUCUGAAGACUGGAGUCCCAGUAAGAAGGGGGGCUCCCUGUACCUGGAUCUGGGAGCUUUGGCUGGGUACUACCACUUGAUGAGGGGCCCUCCCAGUGCAGAAUACAGUUAGCGCAGGCGCUCGCUCACACACACACACACACACACACACACACACACACACACACGCAUACGCACACACUCAUUUAAAUGCUUUUAUUUGGAUCUUAACACAAGGGAAAAAUGACAGACUCAAACAUUGAUGGACAUACUGUAUGCUACAAGUUUAGACAGGUCUGAUCAAACACAGAAUGCUUUGUGCUAUUCAUGCUCUGCUUUUGUGGUUAUACAUGGUGUAUAUACUGUACAUUUACAUGGAAUUGUUGUUUCCAAAUGGAUACUGUACAUCAGGAAUGUUCAGCUCUUUGGGUGGACUCAAUUUUCAGAGGACACUGGACAGUGAAACCAUCUGGAUGGGACUUGUGGACUAAUAGAUCGUUAUGAGGUCGAUCGCAGUCAUAAACUGUGUGCUGUGUGUGUUUUCUUUUGUAAGGGGGGGUACGUGUACUAAUGGACAAUCCUUGUAUUGUGCUGUGGAUGUUAUUCCUAUGGAAUAUUUAUACAAACAUAUAAUUACCAUGUCAAUUAUUUGAUGUGAUUUUUAUGUGAGCUGGGAAUAGAUAGAUAUAGACUGGGUUCACAGUCAUCUGUGUGGGAUUCUCAAGCCUUUUGAGUGUGGAAUUCCCAAUUGAAAAAUAAAGCAUUCUUAGAACUGAAAGAAAACUAACUGUUAUUAUGUGCGGUGAUGGAAUAAAAACUGAUGCUCA